GGUUCCACUACCCGUAAAUCUCCAUAAUCUUGCAUCAGAACCAUGGAUUCAACACCCGCGGCUCGACGUCGCCGCCGUAGACGCGUUGCCGAAGAGAACCGAAAACGUGCGCCUCGAGCGUGCGAUCGAUGCAAGGCUCGGAAGAGCAAAUGCAUUGAGUCGAGUCCAGGCAUUUGUCAAAGAUGUGAAGCGGGUCAGCUUAGUUGUCGCUUUGACAGAGAUAGGUUGUCUCCGCGACAAAGUCAAAGCCCAAUGCCCGCUGGAGAUGCUACCAUUACUGCCGUAGCUGCCUCGUCUCAAACGGGAGCAACACCACAGGAGAACAUUUCCAUAGAAAGCCGUACGAACGAUUACACGUUUAUGUAGACACUGAACUUACAGAUGCAGACCAGACUGAAGGCAUACUAUGGCCCCGAUUCCUGACAAGACUACGCGAAGCCUUUUCUUUGGACCCAAUAUCAGGCCCUGAGGAGCAGGAUAUGGUCAAUCUACAGGCUAAUAUUACGCGACCAAACAACCCAUCGCUCGCAGAACAGGUCCGCCUCAAGAAGAUUGUCGACUCAUUUCCUCCUCGAUCUAUCGCUGAGUUUCUUGUUCAUGUCUGCAUCAGACGAGGCACCGAUGUCUUCUUCUAUUUCGACCAAUCACAACUCAUUCAUGAGAUUGAGCAGUUCUACACCAAUCAAACGUGUCCCUUAAGGUUCGAUCCCAGUUUCAUCUGUCUCGCAUUGACAAUCUUCGCACUUGGCAGCCACUGGACCCCUUUAGAACGACCGGGCCAUUCGCGAAUUGAUGAACACGAUCCCGGGCGUUUGUUCUUCGAGCAGGCUAAGGUCCUUGUGCCGGAUAUAAUCGAGCUUCCAGGCCUCAGGUCUAUCCAAGUAUGCUUGAUACUCGGUGUCUAUCUCAUGCCGCAGAAUGCAGUUGGGUCGUCCUAUGUCUACACGGGAAUGGCUUUGAGGAAGGCUCUGGCAUUUGACCUACAUCAGGAUUUGGACGACCAAGCAAUGGACGCGCGAGAAAGAGAAGUUCGUCGUCGACUGUGGUGGUCAAUAUACUCACUUGAAAGGUGCUCGACAAUAAAGCUCAACAGGCCACGAUCGGUGGCACCCGAGAUCAUUACGGUCCCAUUACCGACUGUUAUGCCAGAAUUUGACGACUCCCAGAAGUUCAACAACGUUCUGCUGCAAAUAGCAUUCGCUCGUCUCAUAUCAAUCUUGGACAGAGUGGCUGAUUGGGAGUCAACAGUAACGAGCGAUUCAGGUCGGGCAGAUACAUCGAGCCUGGAGAACCAGCUAAGAGAGUGGAAAGACUCGUUACCCGGAGACUUCGAUCUGGAGACAAUUCCUCCGCAAGACUCACGAUAUCGCGCUGUCUUUCAUAUCUGGCUCAACUAUUACUAUGCAUGGAUCGUUAUGGGUAAGAUGUCUCUCAUUACUCUUGUGAGAAUGACUCUUCGACGACAUCUCGGAGACAACCCAGAGCCAUGCAAUAUUGACGAAAAGGCUGAAAAGCUAUCAAAGUCAUGCGCAAAGGCUUCUAAAAAGCUGCUUCAGCUCUUUGAGGAUCUGAACCAGACUGGUUACACCACGAGAUUCUCAUUCACGGACUUCCAAGGCUGCAGUAUUGCUACCAUCGUCACUCUCAUAGCAGGUAUCCUUGAUAGGGAUCCCGGAUACGAAAGACGCGUCAGAUUUGGUCUAGACUUCUUGCGAAGAAUGGCGACAGGGAACCCAAAUGCUCAAGUUGGUGUUAGGUUUGUCGAAGCCCUUCGGUCCAUCUCGAACGAGGCCUGGAGCAAGCUUAGUCGGUCUGGGCAGCCUCCUGCCAACGUUACUGACGAGGGGCUACAGUCGUCUGCGUAUAAUGAAUGGGCGGAGUGGCUGUCGAACCAAGAACAGUCGCAGAAUUCUAAUAACAACGAAGCGAUUGGCGAAGGCGCAUUAGGUGCCGACCAGAAUACACAGGUACCUCCAGGUGCCGACGCAGAGUUUUGGUCUACGGGGCCUGAGGUUAUGGAAUGGAGCUCACGCACUGAUGCAGUUCUCGAGCCACUCAUGUCACGUCUACCGGUUCCACAGCUUCAGGCCGGCGACCAGCUUGAUCCGUUUGAGACAUAUCGCCUGUCGACGACGUAUAAUGACGACCAGCCAUUUUUGAUGGGGCUCACAGGCUUUGAUGUGCUGGACUUUGCAGGCUAUCCUCCCGAUAUGGCGCCAUGAAGCUUGGGUUUAGGCAAUCGAUGUUUUGAGAGUUGAAAUGCUACAAUGGAGAUUUAUUGAACCUUUUGUGCGAUCCGGGUGUGAUUUGCCACUCAAUCUUGCACAAGAAAGAACAUAAUCGGGAAGAAUUACGGUCAUGAACUAAUUAUUAAUAUACAACGUUCAAAGUAUAGUCCUUGAGGCAGAAAAACGACACUUGUAUUUAUGCUUUUCCCAACUUGAUACUCAAAAUCUUUGUUGUUCCAUGUGUAUUGCUCCCGACAUUUAUCAGAUACUACAGCACUGAGUUGAAUCGAAUCGGAAUUCCACCGUCAACCGCCAAAGACUCCAACUGACUGCGAUACACCAGACCGUCCUUCAUGACCGCUAAGAUGUACUUCUCUGGAUGAUCGAAGAUCUCGAUUUGCUCCAAUGGGUUCUUGUCCAUGAUGAGAACAUCCGCCUGGAAACCCUCCUUCAGCUGACCCAGAGUAGUCUCACAACCCAUCAUCUUAGCAGGAUUCACUGUUGCACUUCGCAAUAUCUCAAGAGGCUUGAGUGCUUGAGAGCGGAGAGAAAACUCCUGUGUCUGCGCAGAGCCGAGGGGGCCGAGGAGAUCGCUGCCAUAGCACAUGGUCACGCCAGCUUCCGAGGCAAUGCGGAGAGCUUCGAGGCCGGACUUUAACACUUGGGCGUUCUUGACUUGUGACUCUGGUGGUAAGAAGUUCUUCCACUUGUCCGUGGCCAUCUGGGCAUAAGUGAUAAGUGUCGGGGUGAGAUAGACACCCUUCUCUGCCAUGAGACGAGCCGUUGGGGCAUCAACGAAGUUACCAUGCUCAAUUCCCUUGACUCCAUUGUCGAUGCAAUGCCUGAUAGCCUUAGUUGUGUAUGCAUGCGCCGUGACGAAGGUCCCAGCAUUGUUCGCACACUCCACCAUCGCUUGAAUCUCUGACGUGGUGAAUUGCAGCUGUUCCAGCUUGUCGGUCGGUGAUGCAACGCCACCAGAUCCCAUUAUCUUGAUAAAGUCCGCUCCACAGCGAAUCUCAUCGCGAACAGCGGCCAUGCACUCGGGCACACCAUUGCAGAUACGGCCCAAAGACCCAAUAGCGUGUCCGCCACAGCAUUCAUGCUUCUCGUAAGAACUUCUCAAGUCGCCAUGGCCACCUGUUUGCGAAAGCGCGUGACCUGAGAUGAACAGACGGGGGCCGGGGAAAACGCCCUCUUCAAUGGCCUCCUUCAGUGGAAGCUGAGCGCCACCGCAGUCACGAACUGAUGUGAAGCCGCGGUAGAGCAUUUGCGAAGCGACAUAUGGCUGCCGCAACAGCGAAAUGUCAUUGGGGUUUCCAAAGACACGGGAUAAGUCUGUGAAGCCCGGUGUCGCGCAGAGAUGAACGUGCGCAUCGAAUAGACCUGGGCAUAGGUAUCGGCCCUUGCAGUCCACGACGUUGUAGCCAUCGGGAUAUUGGCUUGGUGUUGAGGGGUAGACGGUCUCGAUUUUGCCGUCUUUCGUGGAUAGCGAUGCAUCUUCGAAAAUUUUACCUGUCGAGACAUCGAUGAUGUUGGCGUGGAUGAAGAGAUGCUUCUUGGGAGGAUGACGAAGCCAUGGCUUGAUGUCUGCGCCAGGAACUGUAUCGACUUGAGUCAUGUUGAAGUCUGUGGGAUAAAUGAACCAUGCAAUCUCAGUUCAAAGCCAAGAUAAGUGAGAUAAAAUUGAGAUAUCGGCCCAGAAACAAUCCAAGACAGUGGCUUUUUAUCACAAUCUCCUCUCAAG